GUCCAUGACGCCAGAGCCGUGCAUUGUGGGGAAUUCAAUGGUGGCUUCCAUGGACAGGAGGAGGUGAAAUACAGCUACGGGAAAACUCCAUGCUGUACGGGAGCUAAGGGGGUUCUCUGCCCUCGGUACUGCAAAUGUACAACUGAGAGCCUGGUUAGACGACUUCAGAGGACAUUUGAGAGCCAACCACAAUAAUUUGGUGAUGAUGAUGAGAAGAUUAUUGAUUAGACUGGAUCCUACGACGUGGAAGUCAUGCAGCCAUGGAAUCCCGAUAUUGAAAUGGAAGGAUGCUUGUGACUUGAGGCCAAAUCCAUGUUUGCUGCAGCAAAGGUGUUUACCCAGGGAUAUUAACAAAUUCAGCCCAUUGUGCAUCAGGCAUUUUAGCACUAAGAGGAAGGGGAUAUUUAAAAGCACUGCAGUGAAACAAAAUCAGGUAAAGAAAGAAGUGGAAAUAAAGCAAAAGAUGACCAUCUCUGAACUUGCAGAAGCAAUGGAUAAAGAUACAGAUCAUGUCUUUGAAGCUCUGUUGCACACAAAUAUUGAUAUGGACUCCUUAGAUGAUGAUUCUGUCUUGGAUGAAAAAUGGAUAAAAGAGAUCAUAAAAAUAUCUGGAAUGAAGUUUAGAUGGGCAAAACUUUCAGAAGAAAAAGUGAAAGAAUGUAAAGAUGCUGUGAAGAGGCCACCUGCAGAUCCAGCAGUAUUAGUUUCUAGGUCACCUGUAGUCACUGUCAUGGGUCAUGUAGACCAUGGAAAGACAACGUUACUUGACAGCCUUAGAAAAACCCAAGUGGCAGCAACAGAGGAAGGAGGAAUCACUCAGCAUAUUGGAGCAUUCCUUGUUCAUUUACCUUCUGGUGAAAAGAUAACCUUCUUGGAUACCCCUGGCCAUGCAGCCUUUUCAGCAAUGAGAGCCCGAGGCGCUAAUGUGACAGACAUUGUGAUAUUGGUUGUUGCUGCAGAUGAUGGAGUAAUGAAGCAAACAAUAGAAUCAAUUCAACAUGCUAAAAAAUCUAAUGUUCCAAUAAUACUGGCAAUAAAUAAAUGUGACAAACCAGAGGCAGAUCAUGAAAGUGUAAAGAAGGAAUUGUUAGCCUAUGAUGUAGUUUGUGAGGACUAUGGUGGUGAUGUUCAGUCGAUAAAUAUAUCUGCUCUUAAGGGAGAUAAUUUGAUGGCUUUAGCUGAAGCUACUGUUGCUCUAUCUGAAGUGCUAGAGUUGAAAGCAGAUCGUACAGGACCUGUUGAGGGUAUCAUUAUUGAAUGUCAGAAUGAUAAAGGAAAAGGACCAGUUACCACAGCUAUCAUCCAGCGUGGAACGUUGAUGAAAGGUUGUGUCCUGGUGGCAGGAAAGAGCUGGGCUAAAGUACGAUUAAUGUUUGAUGAAAAUAACAAACCAAUGAAUUCUGUUGGACCAAGUACUCCAGUUGAAAUAGUAGGUUGGAAAGAACUUCCAUCUGCAGGAGAUGAAAUACUUGAAGUGGAAUCAGAGCAAAGAGCCAGAGAGGUUUUAGAAUGGAGGAACUAUGUCGAAGCACAGGAAAAAAUCAAACAAGACCUUGAGGUGAUUGAAGCAAAGCAAAAGGAACACCUUGAGGCAUACAAGAAAGAUCGAGAGAAAUUUAGUAGCCUGAAUUGGAGACAGAGAAAAUCUGCAAUGUACAAGGCCAAUAAACGUCUAAUGGCAGCAAGGCCGAAAGAAAAGAGUGAAUUGGACAAAUUUACACUUCCAAUAAUAGUAAAAGGUGAUGUUGAUGGCUCUGUGGAAGCUAUUCUAAACAUCUUAGAUGCUUAUGACGCUGAUGAACAGUGUAAACUGCAAGUGAUUCAUUUUGGUAUUGGAGAUAUUAGUGAAAAUGAUGUAGUCUCAGCUGAGACUUUUUCAGGUUUGGUAUAUGGCUUUAAUGUAAAUGCCAACAAAGUGGUACAACAGAUGGCUAACAAGAAAGGAAUAAAAAUCAAAUUGUAUAAGGUUAUCUAUCAGCUCAUUGAUGACCUUAAGGAUGAACUGAGUGCCAAAUUACCCCUAGUACUUGAAGAAAACAUAAUGGGAGAGGCAUCGGUGUUAGCACUUUUUCAUGUUACAGUAGGAAAAAAGGAGGUACCGGUAGCAGGUUGUAGAGUUCACAAGGGUCAGUUGCACAAAAAGAUGAAAUUUAAGCUAAUCCGUGAUGGCCAUAUUUUGUGGAAAGGUUCUCUCACUUCUCUCAGACAUCUGAAGGAUGACGUUUCUGUUGUGAAGACUGGCAUGGAAUGUGGCCUCAGCUUGGAUAAUGAUAUUGAUAUAAAGCUUGGUGAUGAAAUUAUUUGUUAUGAAGAAAAGGAGGUUCCACAAAAUAUCUCUUGGGAUCCAGGAUUUUAAUCCUCAUUGUUGCCAGGAACCUGUUAUUUUGAAUAAAAUUAAAUGGCACUACCAUUGUAAAUUAUGUAGAGUAAAAUGGAUUAAACAGAUAAGAGGUGUAUUUUGUUGUAUUUGAACUUUUCUUUAGAAUGCAGACUGCUAAAAAAAAUCUGUUCAUAUCUUUUAUUACUUCUCAUAGAAGUAUUAUUAAACAUUAUGUAAGGAAUUAAUUUAUUGUUUUAGUGGAGCAGUACAGAUCUUUUGAACAUACAACCCCAAAAAGGUCUAUGAAUAUGGAAUUGCAAAAUCAGUCUGACCCAGAUUUCAAAUCACAAUUUAAAAUACUUUAAGUAAUGCAUUUGUUUUCAUUUUAUUUUGAUCAAUUAUUGUAAAUAUGGCAAAAGCAGAUUGUGCUAUAUGCUAAUAUAUCUGAUACUGUAUAUGGUGUAAUUUUUGAUUGGAGCUUUUCUCUUAACCGUGGGUUGCCAACAGCUGCAAUUUUUAAUGUAAGGAAUUUGGCUCAUGAUAAUUCAGUUUUUGAAGAUAAAGAUCUUUUACAUGAGAGCUAAGCUGCAUCUUGGUCUCCAUUUGUUUUGUAUAUAGGUAUCUAUUGUCAGCAUUUUGACUGUGGGAAUCACAAGAUUUGCACUAAGAAAGGGCUUUGAUUGGAAUGGCAACAGAAAGAGAGUUAUAAUUGGAAGUUUGUCGAUCCCUGAACUUGAAAGUGAAAGGAAGGACGGAAAAUAGACUCAAAUCAAGCCUCCUGUUAAUUAAAAAAUAACUUUAAGAUAGAUUUCAGUACAGUAUCUAAAAUGAGUACCUGUAUAUGAAAAUAGUAUUAAAUACUUAUUGGGAAAUCAUUACUGCGCGAAGUAUUUUUGGGCCAGCCCUGAUGAAGAGUCUUGGCCCGAAAUAUCGACUGUUUGCAUUUCUCCAUAGAUACUGCCUGGCCU